AUGCCGCAAGCCGUCUUCCAGUCAAAUGGGAGCUCCGUCCCGCCUAAUUCUGUGGCAACUUCGUGGUCGACCGCUGCAUGGGGUUAUCGAACUACAUUUGCCGUCUUGGGAACCAACGCCACAUUUUGUGAAAACGCAUUCAGCGCCGACGAAUUCUUCAAUCCCACCAACUCAAGCCCUCCAUUUUUUCAGAUAUUUGAUGCUUUGUUCAUCAAUGUUCUAGGUGGAUCGCUUACGGAGGAGGUUUUCUUCUGUCGAGAGAUUCAGCCAACGCCCAUUGUCGGACCUUUUGGAUUCCCUUUAUUUAUAGUCAAGUGUCUCGCGAUCGCUACCAUUUUUUUUUCGUCUCCUGUCGUACCUCAAUCUUUUACAACCAUUCGGGUGAAGACUGAGAUCGUUGUUUACUGA